UUCAAGGUGAAGACCUUCAAGAAGGUGAAGCCCUGUGGGAUCUGCCGACAGGUCAUCACCCGGGAGGGUUGCACCUGCAAAGUCUGCAGCUUCUCCUGUCAUCGGAAAUGCCAGGCCAAGGUGGCUGCUCCCUGCUUUCCUCCAUCCAGCCACGAACUGGUGCCCGUCAACACUGAAACUGCUCCAAAGAAUGUAGUGGACACGGGAGAAGGAGCCUCCCGGGGUGGAAACACACGGAAAAGCCUUGAGGAAGAUAGCUCCACCAGAGUCACGCCAAGUGUCCAGCCCCAUCCCCAGCCCAUCAGAAACAUGAGUGUGAGCGGGGCCACGGACGACAGCUGUGAGCUGGACCUGGUGUAUGUCACUGAGAGGAUCAUCGCCGUCUCCUUCCCCAGCACAGCCAAUGAGGAGAACUUCCGGAGCAACCUCCGUGAGGUGGCCCAGAUGCUCAAGUCCAAACAUGGAGGCAACUACCUGCUUUUCAACCUCUCUGAGCGGAGACCUGACAUCACGAAGCUCCACGCCAAGGUACUGGAAUUUGGCUGGCCUGAUCUCCACACCCCAGCCCUGGAGAAGAUCUGCAGCAUCUGCAAGGCCAUGGACACUUGGCUCAAUGCAGAUGCCCACAAUGUUGUUGUUCUACACAACAAGGGAAACCGAGGCAGGAUAGGUGUUGUGAUCGCGGCUUACAUGCACUACAGCAACAUUUCUGCCAGUGCGGACCAGGCCCUGGACCGGUUUGCAAUGAAGCGGUUCUACGAGGAUAAGAUUGUACCCAUUGGCCAGCCAUCCCAGAGAAGGUACGUGCGUUAUUUCAGCGGCCUGCUCUCUGGCUCCAUCAAAAUGAACAACAAGCCCUUGUUUCUGCACCACGUCAUCAUGCAUGGCAUCCCCAACUUUGAGUCUAAAGGAGGGUGUCGGCCAUUUCUCCGGAUCUACCAGGCCAUGCAACCUGUUUACACAUCUGGUAUCUACAACGUCCAAGGAGACAGCCAGACCAGCAUCUGCAUCACCAUCGAGCCCGGGCUGCUCUUGAAGGGAGACAUCUUGCUGAAGUGCUACCACAAGAAGUUCCGGAGCCCAGCCCGAGACGUCAUCUUCCGCGUGCAGUUCCAUACCUGCGCCAUCCAUGACCUGGGGGUUGUCUUUGGGAAGGAGGACCUCGACGAUGCCUUCAAAGAUGAUCGAUUUCCAGAAUAUGGCAAAGUUGAAUUUGUGUUUUCUUAUGGACCAGAGAAAAUUCAAGGCAUGGAACACCUGGAGAACGGGCCAAGUGUGUCUGUGGACUAUAACACCUCCGACCCCCUCAUCCGCUGGGAUUCCUAUGACAACUUCAGUGGGCAUCAAGAUGAUGGCAUGGAGGAGGUUGUGGGCCACACGCAGGGACCCCUGGACGGGAGCCUGUAUGCCAAGGUGAAGAAGAAGGACUCCCUGCACGGCAGCACCGGGGCCGUCAACGCCACGCGGCCCGCUCUGUCGGCUACCCCCAACCACGUGGAGCACACCCUGUCCGUGAGCAGCGACUCAGGCAACUCCACGGCCUCCACCAAGACAGACAAGACCGAUGAGCCUGCCCCCGGCCCCUCCAGUGCCCCUGCUGCCCUGAGUCCCGAGGAGAAGCGUGAGCUGGACCGCCUGCUCAGUGGCUUUGGCUUGGAGCGAGAGAAGCAAGGCACCAUGUACCACACCCAGCAUCUCCGGUCCCGCCUGGCGGGGGGCCCUGCUGCGCCCUCCUCCGGCCGCCAUGUCGUCCCGGCCCAGGUUCACGUCAAUGGCAGGGCCUUGGCAUCCGAGCGGGAGACAGACAUCCUGGACGAUGAGCUGCCCAACCAGGAUGGGCACAGCGUGGGCAGCAUGGGCACACUGUCUUCCCUGGAUGGGGUCACUAACACCAGUGAGGGGGGCUACCCGGAGGCCCUGUCCCCACUGACCAACGGUCUGGACAAGCCCUAUCCCGUGGAACCUAUGGUCAACGGCGGGGGCUAUCCCUAUGAGUCUGCCAGCCGGGCAGUGCCUGCCCAAACUGGCCACCCUGCCCCCAUGCGACCCUCCUACUCUGCACAGGAGAGUUUAGCUGGCUACCAGCGGGAGGGGCCCCACCCAGCCUGGCCACAGUCAAUGACCACCUCCCACUAUGGCCAUGACCCCAGCGGUAUGUUCCGCUCUCAGUCCUUUCCGGAAACCAAGCCCCAGCUGCCCCCAGCUCCAGCCCGGGGGGGCAGCAGCCGGGAGGCUGUGCAGAGGGGCCUGAAUUCCUGGCAGCCUCACCCACCUCCUCGCCAGCAGGAAAGAGCCCACUUGGAGAGCCUCGGGCUCAGCAGGCCCAGCCCCCAGCCAUUGGCAGAGCCCCCCAUGCCUGGCCUCCCCGAGUUCCCGCGGGCAGCCUCCCAGCAGGAGAUCGAGCAGUCCAUCGAAGCCCUCAAUAUGCUGAUGCUGGAUCUGGAGCCAGCCACGGCGGCCGCCCCACUGCACAAGUCCCAGAGUGUCCCUGGGGCCUGGCCAGGCGCUUCCCCGCUCUCCUCCCAGCCCCUCUCUGGCUCCUCCUCCCAGUCCCAUCCGCUGACCCAGUCCAGAUCUGGCUACAUCCCCCGUGGGCAUUCCUUGGGCACCCCUGAGCCUGCUCCCCGGGCCUCCCUGGAGUCUGUCCCUCCUGGCAGGCCUUACUCACCUUAUGAUUAUCAGCCGUGUCUAACGGGGCCCAACCAGAGUUACCGUCCAAAGAGCCCAGCUGCCUCCACCUCGUCUGCCUUCCUUCCAAACACCCAGAGCUCUCCGGGGCCUCAGCUGCCCCCAGUCUCUCUCCCUGGCCUCACCACUCAGCCUCAGCUUCCAUCGAAGGAGGUGACGUCAGACCCAUCCCGAACUCCAGAGGAGGAGCCAUUGAACUUGGAGGGGCUUGUGGCCCACCGGGUAGCAGCGUACAACGCCAGGCUGCAGGGCACUGGACAGAGUGUUGGCUCCGGGCACCCUCCUCUCCACCGGCUCCGAUCUUCCUCUCUCUCUGGUGGCCUCCAGGAUCCCCUCCCUUCUGGAGCCCCAGACAAGCAGUCGGACACCCAGCCCCGCCACCUGGAGCUGAGGAAUCCAGUGUUUUGGAAAUUGGAAGGCUGGAAAGAAGAGCUGGGGGUGCAGGCUCGGGAGAAGCAGCCUGCAGAGCCGCCAGCACCUCUCCGGAGGCGGGCGGCCAGCAAUGGGCAGUACGAGAACCAGUCGCCAGAACCUGCAUCUCCCCGUAGUCCUGGGGUUCGCUCCCCUGUCCAGUGCGUCUCCCCAGAGCUGGCGCUCACCAUCGCUCUCAAUCCUGGAGGGCGGCCCAAAGAGCCCCAUCUGCACAGCUACAAGGAGGCCUUUGAGGAGAUGGAGAGAACCUCUCCGACCAGCCCACCGCCCAGUGGGGUGCGCUCCCCUCCAGGUCUGGCCAAGACACCUCUGUCUGCUCUGGGCCUGAAGCCCCAUAACCCAGCCAGCAUCCUGCUGCACCCCACCGGCGAGGAGGAUGAGGGGAAGGUGGUGGCAGAGCUUUCUGAAGAGCCCCGGAGCUAUGUGGAGUCGGUGGUGCGGACGGCAGUGGCUGGGCCCCGGACUCAGGAUCCUGAGCCCAAGAGCUUUAGCGCCCCGGUUGCCCAGGCCUAUGGCCGCGAGACACCCCUGAGGAACGGGACCCUGGGAGGCUCCUUUGUCUCCCCCAGCCCCCUUUCCACCAGCAGCCCCAUCCUCAGCGCUGACAGCCCUCCCACCUCACAUCACCCAGGGGACCUGAGCUUAUCCAACCUGGCCCAGGGUGUGGCCGGCCAGACUCCAGACUCCUCCCAGUCUGUGGCUCCAGGCUUUGGAGCAUCUAUCACUUCAGUGGGGAGUUUCCCAUCAGGGGAGAGCAGCGACCAGGGCCCGCGGACACCCACCCAGCCUCUGCUGGAUUCUGGCUUCCGCUCCGGCAGCCUGGGCCAGCCCAGCCCUUCGGCUCAGAGAAGCUACCAGAGCUCUUCUCCUCUCCCGACUGCGGGCAGCAUCUACAGCAGCCCUGACUACUCACUUCAGCAGUUCAGCUCCCCGGAAAGCCAGGCCCGGUCUCAAUUCAGUGUGGCGGGUGUCCACACGGUGCCCGGGAGCCCGCAGGCACGGCACAGGACAGUGGGCACCAACACUCCCUCUAGCCCUGGCUUUGUCCGCCGGGCCGUGAAUCCCGGCAUGGCUGCCCCCUGCAGCCCCAGUUUGAGCCACCGCCAGGUGAUGGGUCCACCCGGAACUGGUUUCCAUGGUAACAUGGUCUCCAGCCCCCAGAGCAGUGCAGCAACCACUCCGGGAAGCCCCAGCCUGGGCCGGCACCCUGGGGCCCACCAAGGCAACCUGGCCUCCAGUCUCCACGGCAACGCAGUAGCCAGCCCCGGAAGCCCCAGCCUGGGCCGUCACUUGGGAGGGUCUGGAUCUGUGGUUCCCGGCAGCCCCAGCUUGGACCAGCAGGUGGCCUAUGGUGGCUACUCCACCCCUGAGGACCGGAGACCCACGUUGUCCCGACAGAGCAGCGCCUCGGGCUACCAGGCCCCUUCGACGCCCUCCUUUCCUGUGUCCCCUGCCUACUACCCCGGCCUGAGCAACCCCGCCACCUCCCCCUCGCCAGAUUCAGCAACCUUCCGACAAGGGAGCCCGACACCGGCCUUGCCAGAGAAGCGGAGGAUGUCCAUGGGAGAGCGAGCGGGCAGCCUCCCCAACUACGCCACCGUCAACGGGAAGGUGUCCUCCUCGCCUGUCGCCAGCGGCAUGUCCAGUCCCAGCGGGGGCAGCACCGUCUCCUUCUCCCACACUCUGCCUGACUUCUCCAAGUACUCCAUGCCAGACAACAGCCCUGAGACGCGGGCUAAAGUGAAAUUUGUCCAGGACACUUCCAAGUAUUGGUACAAGCCCGAGAUCUCCAGAGAGCAGGCCAUCGCCCUCCUUAAGGACCAGGAGCCAGGGGCUUUCAUCAUCCGAGACAGCCACUCCUUCCGAGGAGCCUAUGGGCUGGCCAUGAAGGUGUCUUCGCCCCCUCCGACCAUCAUGCAGCAGAAUAAAAAAGGGGACAUGACCCAUGAGCUCGUGAGGCAUUUCCUGAUAGAGACGAGCCCCAGAGGAGUCAAGCUCAAGGGCUGCCCCAACGAGCCAAACUUCGGAUCUCUGUCUGCCCUGGUCUACCAGCACUCCAUCAUCCCACUGGCUCUGCCCUGUAAGCUGGUCAUUCCACACCGAGACCCCACAGAUGAAUCAAAAGAUAGCUCGGGCCCUGCCAACUCAACCAGUGACCUGCUGAAGCAAGGGGCAGCCUGCAACGUGCUCUUCAUCAACUCUGUGGACAUGGAGUCACUCACUGGGCCACAGGCCAUCUCCAAAGCCACUUCUGAGACACUGGCUACUGACCCCACGCCGGCUGCCACCAUCGUCCACUUCAAAGUUUCUGCCCAGGGAAUUACACUGACUGACAACCAGAGAAAGCUCUUCUUCAGACGACACUACCCCCUCAACACCAUCACCUUCUGUGACCUGGAUCCACAGGAGAGGAAGUGGAUGAAGACAGAGGGAGGUUCCCCUGCUAAGCUCUUCGGCUUUGUGGCCCGGAAGCAGGGCAGCACCACGGACAACGCCUGCCAUCUCUUUGCUGAGCUUGACCCCAACCAGCCGGCCUCCGCCAUCGUCAACUUUGUCUCCAAGGUCAUGCUGAGUGCCGGCCAGAAGAGAUGAACUCCCCCCUCCCCUUGCCCGGGGCCAGGGCAGUGGGGAUGGGUAUGUGGGGAAGGGACCGGUGCAUCCUGACCAUCCUUGCAUCCAGAAGGAGGACUUUGGGCCAAUUUUGGAGAAGGAGAGAAGAAAGUGUAAUGUGGGGAGAGGGAAGUGAAUUGAGCGGGGAGGGGGAGAGAGAGAGAAAGAAGGAAAAAGAUGGAGGAGAAUAACUCAGAUUCCCCCGGGGAGAUGGAUCCUGCAAAACCCCCAGAGCCUCCAAAACGAACCAGGUCCACCUAACUCCCCCUCCCCCCUCCGAGAGGAUGGAACUCCCCAAGAGAGGCAGAAUGAACCUCUCUGGAGAUCCACGUUUUGGGGGGGAAAUGGAAAAGCUCUUUUUUCCUAACCCAACUGCUUUGCAAGGAGAAAUCCUGUCAAGAGAAUCUUUUUCUGUCCACCUCUAGGGUAGAUCACCAAACCAAAAAGAGCCACCAUGGGACAUCCAGUGGUGGAACUUUUGCUUUUGAAAGAAUCUCAGACCUGAGGCCCCUAAGGUCUCUUUGCUCUGCCUCUGAUGUACAGUUUGUGGGUAUCUUUAUGGGGUGUAUAUAUGGCCACACCCACAUCCUCACACACUGAUUUCUGUUUGCCUCUCAGCUUGAAUUAUAAACAGGUAUACUUGUCCGUGUCCCCUGUGUUUGCACACACAAGUGCAUACUGUCCAAAGAAAGUUAGAGUCGGGGGUGACAGGGCAGCAGGGAGGGGGCAUAAGCCCUCUUCCCCAGGAGCACCCAGGAUUGUGGGUAAUGGACGCUCUCUUGGUCCCUGCACCUGCUCUAACAGCCUUGGGUGCCGCCAACCCCUUCUCCUCAACAGAGACUCCCACGGAGUGGGUCUGGCCGUGCUGCAACGUUACCCCUGAUCUGUCUCCACCAGGAAGCUGGAGCAUUGGUUUGAGGAGAUGGGGACUUGUGUGUCCGGAGCUCUGGGGAAGAGAUCCCUCAGGAAGGGAGGCUGUUGAGCUCUAGGCACCUUCCCCGAGGCGUGUGGCCCAGCCUCGGGGUGGGCAGGUGGCUCCCGCCAGCUCCCAGCCCUCAACCCCUUCUUGGGUUCCAUGCCCCAGAUCAGCCUUUCUCAGACUUGCUCAUGUGCAUGUUGCCUUUUAGGGUGCUGGCGAUUGAGCCUUCCUGCUCUGCCCUGCCCUGUUCUGUCCUGCAGGGUCCCCAUGUUGGGGCUCAUCCUGGGAACCUGCUUCCGUAAGCCCUGCUCGGCGAGGCCCAGGAGAGACCCCUGCAGUUCCUGUGAUCCCUCUGCAAGGGAUCGGGCGUCUGACUUUUGCUGGACCGCCCAGGGGAGCUGCUCAGAGUUCUGGGGGAUGCUGCCUGCACACCACAUGGCCUGCCUACGAUACCAAAGCCUUGCUCUUCCCGCUUCUGCCUUGGUUUCCCCCCCAGAGCCCAGCUGCCGUGCAGCAGAGAGCAGAAGGCACACAUUUAGGCCAAAGGGCUGAGAGUCCAGCUGGGCGAUUGGGCACUCCCUGACCACCACCCAAGUGCUCUAAGCCAGAUGGAAAAAUCCACCGGGACUCCAUCCUUGAGUAGCUUCUUAAGCCUCUGGGUUCCCUAGAGAGAGGCAUUGUACUGAUAUAUAAAUAUAUAUAAUAUAUAUGUGAGACAUACUGACAGAAUCUGUAAGCUAAUGAAAUAUAAGAAAAGCUUAAAAAAAAGAAUAGGUAAAUUGACAAGAAGUAUUUAUUAUUUCCCCAUAUAGCUUUAUUGCCUCCCCGGCAUAAUCCAGUCCCCAUCCCUCUCUGUACCUAUAAGUGAAGCCUGAAGGGUAGGGGCCUUUAUCCUUGGAGCAAUCAGGGGUCUCCUUGCCCUGGCCUUGGCCUUCCCUAGACUCUGACUAGGGCUCAGCAGAGAGGGGGUGCACGUGUUCCGUCCCCUUCACCCCCGCCCCCUUAUUUUUGGCAAGCUGGGCCCGGCUGUCAGCUCCCAGAGAUGAGGGCUUAGCAGCCUGUCUCCCUGCAGGCCCGAGCUGGUGUGUGAGCCUGCAGGGGACACGGGUGUGUGUGGUGGGAGUGGGUGACGUGUGCAUCUUGUAUUUUUUUUCUCUUCCAAGAAGCUGUAUCUGUGUGGAUGUUCUGUUUCAGGGAGUUGGAGAGGAGAGUGUCUGAAGAUGGUGGGGAGUAGCCCCCUGCUUCCCAAAGAUUGAAACCUUGUUCUUGGUGACCAAGACUCCCCCAAAGGGCUCUUCCUUCUGAGGCUUUCAAGCCGGACACUGCGAUUGCCCCUCUCUCAUUCCCUACCUAAGCCCAACUCUCUUCCCAGACAGAAGAGGAUAUUCCCACCCACUUCCUUUGUAAAUAUCUUAAUCUCCCACCGGACGGCCCGGGAACUCUCUCCUGGUCUGGAUGGCCGGGCGGAGCAUCAGACCCUUCAUGUGAGUCUGGGGUCAGCCUUCACACGUGCUUUCCCACCACCCACCAGCAGCCCCCCCCCCACCCCCCACUCAGGCCUGAGCCACGCGUGACUCUGGGAAGGACUCAGGAGAUGCUGGGGAGCUGAUCAACUCCCCCGACCCCAUAUCCUUCUGGGAAGAGUCAGUUUCCGAGAGUGUGGCCGUCCAGAAGAAAGAUGGGGAACGGUACCCCAAUCUCCACCGUGGUCUCACCUUUGGGUCAGACACUGCUUGGGAUAAGCCCCGCCCCCCGUGUCUCACAGUUUAGGCCCGUGCACCUUGCACACGUGCGCGCACACACACACACAACCACAGCACUGAAGUAUGUUCUUGCCAAAGAUUUCCUUUAAAAGAAAGCACUUUUUAAUAAUUAUUGUUAUUAUCGUGUGAAUGUUUAUCCUUUUUUUCUCCCCACCCCUCUCCCCAACCGUUUUUGCUGUUGUUUAUUGUUGAACCUGCUUGUCAGCCAGGAGAGUGCCAUCUGGUCUUGAAAGUGGGUUGGGGAGUUGGGGAUGGGAAAGAGGUCUGGGAGGAGUUGGCAAGAAAGAGCCGGAGGCCGGAGAGGCCUGGUCAGCUUGGGCUGCAGGGAUGCAGACCCCAGGCAAGCUCAGGCCCCAGCCCCGGGCCCAGCCUGUGUCUUGCUGUGCAUCCAGGCCUCUGAGGCAGCCGAGGCCUCGCCGUAGCUGCCCUGUACGGUAUCUGGAGGGAACAGGGGGCAGGGAAGCGACAGGCCUCCAAUUCAGCAGGGAGAGAGGCCCAGCAAGGUCCCCGUGGCCCUUCCCAGAUGGAGCGAGAGGGGAGGACUGGGCAUGGAAAUCGUGGAGAGGUGACCGCGGAGGGGAAAUGGGGAGGAAGGGAACAGUCUGAUGGAGCUCCAGGGCUGAGCGGAUGCCCCUGCCCUGCGAUCGUGGUGUUCUGGUUCGCUCCUCCAGCCAGGUGUUGCAGGGACAGAGACGUUGUGUCCUAGGUUUAGGAAAGGCCCUUUGACCCAGGUCCCCAUUGGAGCCUCUCCCGCAGCAGCUCCAGAUGCUUGCGGACUGCCAGGAUUCCUUCUUCCCUGGCAGGGUUUUGAGGGAUCCCUGGGUGUGUCAGAGACAGGCAGGAUAGGGGUGGGGGGACCUGGUGGCCGUAUGACCAUAAGAGAGAGCCCGAGGGACACGUGUGAUUCUCUGUAAAGGGGCUCCCGGAGGAACAUGAGUCGAACACCCUUCUGCCCACUCGGAUGGGCCGAGCAGAGGUGGGGCAGGCCCCUGGUGCCCCCCAGGGGUCUGUGGAUGCGUCUGUACGUGGAACAGUGUCUAUGGCCCCCUUCCCUGGGAGGCUCGUUCAUCACCCCUGCCUCCUGGGUCUGUUCCCCUGCUUUGGCCUUUCCCAGCUUCGGGAUCUGGAUCUGGGGGGAUCCAAGAGGCCAAUGCCCUUUCCAAGGGCUGCCUCCUGCCCCUACAUCUCCCCACCCUUGGGAUCCUUGGAGAGGCUGGGGGCAGAGUCCCGGGGCUACUUUUUCACCCGGGUCGAGGCCCCGGAAUCCUGAGACUGGAGUGCCCUGGCCAGUGGUAACACAGAACGUGUGCGCGCGCGUGUGCAAGUGUGGGUGUAUGUGUGUGCGUUUUUUGCUUGUCUCUUUAGGGAACUUAGGAGUUGGGCCGGAGGUGGUUGGCGAUGGGAUGUCAAGUUCACUAUUACCCAGCGGCGAAAGGAAUCAGGAGGCGAGGCUUGUAGGGCCCCUGAUUGGGGGAAUCUCAGUGUAGGCGAUGGUGAGGAUCAACCACACGGGGUGGCGCUCCUCUGUCCUCAGAUGUUGAAGUGUUGGAGGACCUCUGUUUAUUUCCCACACCUGGACUUUUCCCAGCUGCGAGGUAGUUGUAAAGGGAUAGCCCACUUUUGUUUCUAAUCAGUGUUCAACAGCUUGAGACUCUCCUGCGUGUCCACGUGUGGCUCAUGUGUGUGAGAGAGCACAUCUGGGCGUGCAUGCUGUGUUUCCCCUCCUCUCUGACAUGUCAUUCAAAACAAAUGUAAGAAAUUCCUCACCUCCAUCCCCUCCUGCCUCCCAGACCCUCUGCAGGAAAAACCGAAUAACCCAGCAUCCUCCUGAUCCCCUGGCUGUGUAUUUAUAUAGAUGGAAAUAUACUUUCUAUUUUGUAUCAUCGUGCCUAUAAUCUCUGUCACCUUGUAUAAACCCUGAUGUAUGCUACUUACCCUGGAUAUGAAUGUAUUGUACACUGAUGCUGUCCCACUCCUGUACAGCUGCUUUGUUUCUUUGCAAUCCAUUGUAUGGCUUUAUAAACGAUAAAGUGAAAGAAAAAUCUGUGCUGUUAA